CCCUGCUUUUCCCAUUUGCUGCCUGGUGCCCUGAGGGCGACGAGGCUGAAAGUUUAGCAAGUUCUGUGCAUAACUUCACAUCAGAGGAGCAAGUGCGUAUUUCCACCCCCCCCACACACUCCCUCCUUUCUUUUUCCUGCUCCUAAACGCCUCCUUCAAGUUUGCAGCUGGGCAGGACUCCAAAGGUGCAGCAGCAGCAACAAGCCGGAGUUCAAAGUUAGCAGUAAAUUGCACAACUUCCAGCUCAUCGCUACGCUCAGUGACUAUUAACAAGCUGGAAGGCGCUCAGGGAAAAAAAUAGGGGAGAAGGGAACACCCUCGAAUUCUUUGGGGAUCGCUGAUGUUAUGCUUCUGCCGCUGGGAUCAUGGCUCCCUUUGGAAGGAAUUUAUUAAAAACCCGGCAUAAAACCAGGUCUCCCAACAAGGACAUGGCUUCAAAUGAAAGAGAGAUUGUGGUUUGGGUUUGCCAGGAAGAGAAGAUUGUAUGUGGCCUGACAAAGCGCACAACUUGCGCAGAAGUGAUUCAAGCACUGCUUGAGGAACAUCAGGCAACAUUUGGAGAGAAAAAGGUCCUUUUUGGAAAACCUAGUGAUUACUGCAUUGUAGAAAAAUGGAGAGGCUCGGAGCGAGUACUUCCUCCCUUGACAAAGAUUCUGAGACUUUGGAAGGCCUGGGGGGAAGAGCAGUCUAAUUUGCAUUUUGUGUUGGUAAAGUCAGAUGCUUUCCUCUCAUUUCCAUUGUGGAAGACAGCUGAAGCUAAGGUAGUACAAAAUGUAGAAAAACAGUGGGACCUCAGUCCAGCAAAUUACAUGAAGAUGUUGCCAAUAGACAAGCAAAAGAAAAUUGUGAGGAAGACUUUCCGGAAACUGGCCAAGCUUAAACAGGACAGUGUUCAGCAAGAGAGAGAUAAUAUGGAGACACUGAUUCAUCUGAUCAUUUCUCAAGAUCAUACCAUUCAUCAACAAGUCCUUAGAAUGAAGGAAUUAGAUAUGGAAAUUGAAAAAUGUGAAGCAAAAUUCCAUCUAGAUCGUGUGGCCAAUGAUGGAGAAAACUAUGUGCAGGACUCCUAUUUAAUGAUCAAUCCAAGUGAGGCGGAGCAGCAAGGGAGUAGACCAGAUGAUCAAAAAGAGAUGCAUGACUAUUUCAGCAAAAGCGAGGGAAUUUUACAGGUUGAAGAGAGACUGAAACAUCACAAACAAUUGAUAGAGAAGCUGUGUGCUGAAAUUGAAAGAGAGGUACAUGGUAUAUGCACAGAAAAAAAUGGAGAUGAUGUUUGCACAGAAGGAGCUGCUAAUCCUGAACUGGAAAACUCAAAUUUGGAAAGUGUAAAAUACGAGCUGGAAAAAAGUAUGAAAGAUGGUCUGAGAAUCAACUCAUACCUGAGCUGCAUUCAGAAAGAACUUACAUACAGGGACUCACUGCUUCAAAAGAAGGAAAAAGAAUAUGAACUUCUUACAGAAGAAUUUAAUUUACUACACGUUAAAGACAACACUGAAACUAGGCUGCCAUCAAAUGAAGAGCCAUCCAAGGGCAGUGGCAUCUCCAGUAACAGCAUUGCUGUUCCUGACUUUGUUCACAGAGUGACUAAUCUGGACAUAAAUGAUACAGACUCUGACACUGGAAUCAGCUCCACACACAGUCAGGACUCUGAAAUAACUUCAGGGGACAUGGUACUGUUGUCAACAUAGUUGAAAACAGUCACGCAUUUACAAAAAGUCAUAUUUUGGAGGAUAUUUAUAAGAAUUAGUAAACCUUGUUGUCUUGAAAGUUCAGCCCUUCAAGACGUUAAAACUGUGGCACUGCUUUAGCAAAGUAAACAGCAUCUAUUUAUGUGCUUAAUAGUAUACUUGUGCUUAAAUGCAUGGGCAGUCUCGUGGGUUAACUGCUAAUAGGUGCAAGGUUGUUGCCUUUGCUAAACCAGGACAGACUGUUUAAACCUUGUAAUGUUGGUACUCGGUGAAAAAGAAGCAUUCUGACUGGCUUGGACCAAAAGUCUGGACAUUUGAUAUCCCCUAAUCUUUGGGUCCACUUCUGCAUCUCUCUAACUUUUUAGAAAUGUGAAUCAGAGAUUAGACCCAACUAGACGGAGAGCUUGAUUUUCUGUUCCGUUACAUUAGCUUUAUUCAGCUGGAAUUUCCCCGCCACGAAGCUGCUGUAAAGGAAUGUAUAAUCGAGCAUGUAAUCUGUCAAAAAAUAGUUUUUAUGAUAUUAUAGGACAAAAAAAAUGCAGUUGCAUUUAUGCUGUAUAUUUAAAUUUAGUUUUGAGUUAUCAGGAUGAUAUUUUCAAAAACACCUAAGUCCCAUUUAAAAAAUUACCUUACAUACAUAGGGUUUUAAUUUCCAUUCUCUUUCAGCAGUGUUUAACUGCUUCUAAGAUCCUUAAAACCCCUACUUAUCUGCUGUUACCCUGUAGUUGCCCCAGUGAUGCUUAAGUCCACAUAGUUCCUGCCAGCGGGCAUGUCAGAACUGCCUACGUCCUGCUUGUGCGAGACGCUCAAAUCCCAAGCUCACGCCUAACCCUAGGGGCAUUUUCAGCAAGGCUUUCUCCUGCCUAUCUCACCAGUCAGAUCCAGUGUCUUAGGCUUCCUCAGAUCAUGACUACGAAAUAAAGCGUAACAGAAGGGACAGGCAGGAGCCAGACAUUUUUGGCUCUGGCUAGACACUGUUUCCCAAUAGCCAGGUAGUUACCAUUUUCACAUAGCAGGUAAGUUGUCAAAUCCCGUCUCACGCUGUUUUGGAGCGAGGAUAUGGACCUGUAAAUCCUACUUCCUCAGUGAGGACUUUGGGAUACAGCUAAAGCUGAUCCACUUUCUAUAGGUAAUUAAAUAUUGGGCCCCAGGAAAAAAAAA